AAGACAGAGCUCUUGCAGAUAUCUGCAAGAUAACUGAGGACACCCAGUCCACCCAGCCGUUAUAUCUUCCUGUUAUUUUUGACAAAAGAUUUUCUCUGAUAAGAAUGAACAAGGCCAAUGGCCCAAAGACUGGCGAGCUGCAAUACACACCUCCAAGCAUCUCAGAGCUGUUGAGUCUCCUCUUGAAGAAAAGACGACCAACUGGCCCCUUCAAUGAAGUCUGGCCUAGAGUCUACAUCGGGGAUGCGCACACUGCUCAGGAUAAAGCCUUGCUGCGGAGUCUGGGUGUGACCCACGUUGUGAAUUCAGCAGAUGGCCCGGCGCAUAUCGACACUGGACCAGGCUUUUACAUGGACACCUGUAUACAGUACCAUGGAGUGGAGGCGCCCGACAGUAAAGACUUUGACCUCAGCCCUUACUUCUACCCAACGGCAGAUUUCAUACACAGUGGCCUCUCACAAGGGGGUAAAGUGUUUGUGCACUGUGCUCGAGGGAUCAGUCGUUCGGCGGCGCUGGUCUUGGCCUACCUCAUGAUCCAGGAGAGGCUGUCGCUGGCCGAAGCAGCAAAGGUCGUCCGCAAACACAGGAACAUCCUCCCGAACGCCGGCUUCCUCAGCCAGCUCUGUUACCUGGACAUGACCCUAACUCUGGAGAGGAGCACAGAGAAAUGAUGGCUUUGAACCACAU